CUAAUUUCUUACCUUUGGAGUGUUUGUUAAAUAAAAAAGAAAGAAAGAAAGAGAGAGAGUAUUAUACAACUACAAAAUUUAGUAGUCAUCGAACCCAAAUAGAAACAAGAAAAUAGAAAAAUUAUGGUUAAAUAUUUUAACCGUACGUAUUGCUGCGGAGAAGAAAGAAAAGAGAAAGAAAGUGUUGAUCGAACUCGCUAGCAGCUGGAAUUCUGGAAGCUCUCUAUCAUCAUUUAGUGGCAGAGUUUCAAAGUGUUAUCCGUCAAUCCUUAUCAGACAAAACCUUCUACCCUUGUUCCAAAUCCAUAGUAUUUUACUAAAAAUUGAAAUCUCAUGAAAUCGACAAAAGCUAUGAUGUUAGCAUCAUGACUUUGCCGACGUGCCGACGUGAAAUCUUUAUAAUCCCGUCUCCAAUUGUUUCAUAAUCUGGAGCUUUCCCUUCCCACUUCACACUUCUCUCUCUCACUCCUCUCUCUCCCUCUCUCUCUGUGUAGGGCAUCUCAUCAAUGGAAGAUCAGAUGAAGAAGAAGAAGGAAACGGAGGUGGAAGAGCCUCUCUUGGAGAGUGCUCAAGAAAAGGGCGGUUUUAGGACUCUCCCCUUCAUAAUUGGAAAUGAGGCACUGGAGAAGAUGGCAACUUUCGGGCUGUCACCAAACAUGACUCUGUAUUUGAUCAAUGAGUAUCAUAUGCAGAUGACAACUGCGGCGAAUGUGUUGUUCAUGUGGUCGGCUGCCACGAAUUUCAUGCCGAUUGUUGGAGCUGUGAUUGCUGAUUCAUACUUGGGCAGGUUUCAUACAAUUGGAUCUGGAUCCAUUGUCUGUCUCGUGGGGAUAAUUCUUCUAUGGUCGACAGCGGUAAUCCCACAAGCGAGGCCUCCACCAUGUGAUCAGUCAAGCAUCGUCUGCAGCCCUCCGAUGACCUUCCAGUUUCUGUACCUAUGCCUCUCGUUAGGACUGAUUUCUAUCGGGGCAGGAGGAGUCAAUUCGUCUUCCUUGGCCUUUGGCGCUGAUCAGUUGGAAAAGAAAGGUUUCCAUAAUAACCCCAGUGUCAAACAGAGAUACUUCGGCUGGUACUACGCUUCUUUCACACUAUCUGUCCUCAUCGCCCUAACUUGUGUCGUCUAUAUUCAAGAAAACUUGGGAUGGGGAGUCGGUUUUGCAGUUCCCGGUGUGCUCAUGCUGGUUGCUGUCAUCUCGUUCUUUCUGGCCUCCCCCUUUUACGUCAGAUUCAAGAGCAGCUCGAAUUUGAUCAUGGGCUUCGCUCAAGUGGCCGUUGCUUCUUUUAGAAACCGGCAUCUCAAGUUGUCGGACAGCACGAGCGAUCUAUAUCACUGCAGGGACGGCUUUGGGCUUAUGAUCCCGAGUGAAAAGCUAAGGUUUCUCAAUAAGGCUUGCGUUGUAAGAGAUGUCGGGAAAGAGCUGACCCCUGACGGGAGAGCUGCAAAUCCAUGGCGGCUUUGCACAGUCGAGCGAGUAGAGGAGCUCAAGGCGCUACUGAGAGUCAUCCCGAUAUGGUCUUCGGGGAUGAUCAUGUCGAUAAACCUGUGCCAAAGCACUUUUCCGGUGCUCCAAGCAGUUUCGAUGGACCGGGAGAUAACUUCGGGUUUUGAGAUCCCGGCAGCCUCGUUGAGCAUGUUCGCGGUCGUAGCCGUGAUACUAUGGGUGGUCCUCUACGACCGCGUGUUUCUUCCCCUAGCCUCCCGGGUCAUGGGGCGGCCGGUCCGUGUGAGUGCUAGACGAAGAAUGGCGAUAGGGAUCUUCCUUUCGUUCCUAGCAAUGAUCGUCUCGGCCGCAGUAGAGGCCAUCCGUAGAUCCGUCGCCAUCGAGACGGGCAAAUUGAACCACCCGCAGGCUGUCAUGGCCAUGUCAGCGCUGUGGCUCGUCCCGCAGAACUUCCUCACGGGGUUCGCUGAGGCGUCCAAUGCUAUUGCGCAGAACGAGUUCUACUUCUCCGAGCUCCCGAGGAGCAUGUCGAGCAUAGCCUCCACGCUUCUCGGGAUCGGGAUGUGCCUGGCGAAUAUCCUUGCGAGCUCGAUAAUGAACACGGUCGACUACUUGUCUAGGCAAGGCGGGGGCGAGAGCUGGAUCUCGAGCAACAUCAACAAGGGCCACUAUGAUUACUACUACCUUGUUCUUGCUGGUUUGAGCAUGGCUAACAUGUUGUAUUUUCUCGGUUGUAGCGCCGCGUUCGGGCCGUCGACCGAGGAAGGGAAGCUGCCGGAAGAGGAAGAGAAUGGAUUGUGAGUGUGUUUUUUACAUCCUAACUUUAUAGCAUCUUUAUAUUUUCCAUAGAAAUAUAGUUAUGUUAUAGGGGUGUUUAGCAAAGAGAUUAUAUGAGAAGAAAAUAUAUACAUGGAUCAAAUUCUAAGGUUAAUUCAAUCUUAGAGCUUGGUUUGUUGAGGCCCCAUCUUUGUUUUUUUUUUAUACCAAAAUAUGGUGCCUCAUUUAUCUUGUAUUUCAUGAUCAUGUAACAAGAAUAUUGUCGUUACUUUGUGUAUAUAAUGAUGAAAGUUUUGAAA